GAGAGAGAGAGAGAGCGGAAAAGACAAGGGGGCGCGUUUGUAUGAGAUGUUCUGUUGAACAGCAGGGAGACGCUGCAUGGUUUUACUGGUCAGCCGAUGAGGAUCGCUCACGCCGGCUCUCAAAUUUGGAAGCAUUCUGGGAAUGAUCUACGGCACAUUUAUGUUCAGAAUGACUGAAGUGACAUCCUUGAAUUUACAUUCUUCUCAAGCCUUUUAGAGAAGAUCCUUUGGGCUACUGGAGCCAGUCUUGUUUCCUCUUGAGGGAUGUAACAUUAAACGGACCGUAAGCAAAGGCAUAAAGGGGCUGAGUGACGCAAGCAUAGCUCUCACCUGGGGGAGGACCAGCACUCCCUCAUUCCCAUCAUCCCUUGAGCCCCCACUCUAAAGCAGCCAUGGCGCCACGGAAACGCGGGGGCGGAGGGCACGGUGUGUCCUUCUUCUUCUGCUGCUUCCAGAGCAGUGACCACCCAGAGAUCACCUACCGUCUGCGGGAGGACUUCGCCCUGCAGACCAUGGAGCCGGCGCUGCCCAUCCCCAGCUAUGACGAGCUGGACGCCAUGUUUUCAGAGCUGGUGGAUGAGCUGGACCUCACAGAGAAGCACAGAGAGGCCAUGUUUGCCUUACCAGCAGAAAAGAAAUGGCAGAUAUACUGCAGUAAGAAGAAGGAACAAGAGGAGAAUAAAGGUGCUACUAGCUGGCCAGAGUACUACAUUGACCAGCUCAAUUCAAUGGCAGCUAGGAAAACUCUUUUGGCCUUGGAGAAGGAAGAAGAGGAGGAACGCAACAAAACUAUUGAAAGCCUGAAAACGGCACUGCGGACACAACCUAUGAGGUUUGUAACACGGUUCAUCGAUAUGGACGGCCUGACAUGCAUCCUGAACUUCCUGAAGAGCAUGGAUUAUGAGACCACUGAGUCUCAGAUCCACACUUCCCUCAUCGGCUGCAUCAAAGCCCUGAUGAACAACUCCCAGGGUCGCGCUCACGUGCUCUCUCACUCCGAGAGCAUCAACAUCAUCGCUCAGAGUCUGGCCACCGAGAACAUCAAGACUAAAGUGGCGGUGCUGGAGAUCAUGGGUGCUGUGUGUUUAGUGCCUGGAGGCCACAAGAAGAUUUUGGAGGCCAUGUUGCACUAUCAAAAGUUCUCUUGUGAGCGCACACGAUUUCAGACAUUGUUGAAUGAUCUGGACAAAAGCACGGGACGUUACAGGGACGAGGUCAGCCUGAAAACGGCGAUUAUGUCCUUCAUUAAUGCUGUUUUAAGCCAAGGAGCUGGUGAAGCCAGUCUUGAGUUCCGGGUUCAUUUGCGAUACGAGUUCCUCAUGCUGGGGAUUCAGCCCAUCAUCGACAAACUCAGGUCACAUGAAAACUCAACUUUAGACAGGCAUUUAGAUUACUUUGAGAUGCUGAGAAAUGAUGAUGAGCUCACAUUAUCCAGACGGUUUGAGUCUAUGCAUAUAGACACGAAGAGUGCGACACAAGUUUUUGAGCUUGUACGGAAGAAGCUGGCUCACACAGAUGCAUAUCCGCACUUUAUGUCUAUUCUUCACCAUUGCCUGCUCAUGCCUCAUAAGAGAAGUGGGAACACAGUGCAGUACUGGCUGCUCCUGGACCGCAUUGUCCAACAGAUGGUCCUGCAGAAUGACAAAGGUCACGACCCUGAUGUCACGCCAUUAGAAAACUUCAAUGUAAAGAAUGUGGUUCGAAUGCUUGUCAAUGAAAAUGAGGUGAAACAGUGGAAGGAACAGGCAGAAAAAAUGCGCAAAGACCAACAUGAGCUACAACAGAAGAUGGAAAAGAAGGAGCGAGAGUGUGAUGCAAAAACCCAGGAGAAGGAGGAGAUGAUGCAAACGCUCAACAAGAUGAAAGAGAAGUUAGAAAGAGAAAUGGGGGAACAUAAACUAGUCAAGCAGCAGGUGGCAGAAAUGACUUCCAGACUACAUGACCUCAGCACGAGACAAGUAGCCAGUGUUCCCGGAGGUCCUCCCAUCCCUGGCCCUCCAGGUGGCCCUCUCUUGCCCCCUCCACCUCCUCCACCUCCACCUGGUGGCAUGAUGCCGCCUCCACCACCUCCUCCACCGGGCAGUGCUAUGAUGCCACCGCCUCCACCACCGCCCCCUGGACGUCCUCCUCUCGGUGCAGCUCCGCCUCCACCAGGAGCUCCCGUGGGACCAUCCCUGAAGAAGAAAAACAUUCCUCAGCCGUCCAAUCCACUCAAGUCCUUCAACUGGGCCAAGCUGUCUGAGAACAAGCUUGAGGGAACAGUCUGGGCAGACAUUGAUGACGGCAAAGUUUUCAAAAUCCUAGACUUGGUGGAUAUUGAGAAGACUUUCUCUGCCUAUCAGAGGCAACAGGACUUCUUUAUGGUCAAUAACUGCAAGCAGAAAGAGACUGAAGACGAUGCGCUGAGCUCCAAGAAAGUCAAAGAGCUCUCUGUCAUCGAUGGCCGCCGGGCUCAGAACUGCAACAUCCUUCUCUCACGAAUGAAACUUUCCAAUGAGGAAAUAAAGAGGGCUAUUCUGACUAUGGACGAACAGGAAGAUCUGCCCAAGGACAUGCUGGAGCAGAUGCUCAAGUUUGUCCCAGAGAAGUGUGAUGUGGACCUACUAGAGGAGCACAAACAUGAGUUGGACCGCAUGGCAAAGGCAGACCGCUUCCUCUAUGAAAUGAGCAGAAUAAACCAUUACCAGCAGAGGUUACAGUCUUUGUACUUCAAAAAGAAGUUUGCAGAGAGGAUUGCAGAAAUUAAACCCAAAGUUGAAGCACUGUCCAAGGCCUCAAAAGAGGUGCUACACAGUAGAAAUCUCAAGCAGUUGCUGGAGGUGGUGCUGGCAUUCGGCAACUACAUGAACAAAGGACAGAGAGGCAACGCUUACGGCUUCAAAAUCUCCUCACUCAACAAGAUUGCAGACACCAAGUCCAGCAUCGACAAAAAUAUCACUCUACUACACUACCUGAUCACCAUUCUGGAGAAGAAGUACUCCAAAGUCAUGAUCUUCUCAGAGGAGCUGCAGAACGUGCCGGAAGCUGCAAAAGUAAACAUGAAUGAACUGGAGAAGGAGAUCAAUAAUCUUCGCAGUGGCUUAAAGAGCGUGGAGAGCGAGCUAGAAUUCCAGAAGAAGCGUCCUCAGGAGUAUGGGGAUAAGUUUGUGUCAGUAGUCAGCCAGUUCAUCACAGUGGCCAGUUUCAGCUUCUCUGAUGUCGAGGACUCCCUCAGUGAGGCCAAAGAACUGUUCUUAAAGGCAGUCAAGCACUUUGGUGAAGAUGCUGAUAAGAUGCAGCCUGAUGAGUUCUUUGGGAUAUUCGACCAGUUCUUGCAGUCCUUUGCAGAGGCCCGUCAAGAGAAUGAGAACAUGCGCCGACGCAAAGAAGAGGAGGAGCGCAGGGCACGGAUGGAGGCUCAGCUCAAGGAGCAGAGGGAGAAAGAGAAGAAGGCUCGAAAAGCCAAAGAGAACGGAGAGGAUGAUGGGGGAGAGUUUGACGACCUGGUGUCAGCUUUGCGUUCUGGAGAGGUUUUCGAUAAAGAUCUGUCCAAGAUGAAGCGCAAUCGCAAACGCAUCAACAGCCAGACGUCAGAUGCCGGCAGGGAGCGUCCAAUUACCAAGCUUAACUUCUGAACGGCGGUCAAGCUGACCAACCACUGAGACGCAUUUCAUUACAACCCAACAACCUCCCUGUGGUGGUGAAUCUGGUGAAUCCCCUCAGAGAAAAGCAUGUUUACCCAAAGACGGUCAGCUUAUCAUGUGUCAUAUGACUGUAAUGGGAAACCUGUCUAAAUGCAGAGAGAAAAGACUCUCAGAAAUUAGGAAUACAGCUGCCAAAUAAACCUAAUUUAAUGAUUUAUUUCAUCAAGAGUGCUGGAGCACCAGAAUAUUAUCAGAAAUUGAGAUAACUGUGGGUUUACUGAUUGGAUAUGAAUCAGAAACUCGGCUCAUUUGACCAUAAAAACUGCAAAUCUUGUCAACUCCAAUUUUUUCUUCCUGUAACAAAACAAAUCGCCAAAAGUAACACUCAUCUGAAUGUCUCCAUUUCUUGCUUUUCUGACUGAUUCAAAGUGGGAAUAGAUGUUAUUUAAAGAUUCAAUGACAAGUCUGUACAUAGGUCAGUGAAAAGCUGUAAAGUGACUGUACACCUUUAAGAGAAGGAUUUUGCCCUUUAGACAAAAGGUGUUUUUUGUGUGUGUGUGAGUGUUUUAAAGGAAUAUUACUGAUAUUAAUAACCAGGGUUCUGGGUUGCUUUUUCAGAAAGAGGACUGCAUUGUGAUAUUCAAUACAAACUGACUGGGAAUGUUUUUUAAAGGUGUGUUUUUAGUGGCAUCUGGAGCCUAUGUUGUCUCAAAAACUUUGGAUAGUCAUUGUACAGACUCUAUGCAGUUUCUGAUGUCAAGUGUUGGUCUCUGUUUGAGUUUUCAUGUGAAAUGAAGUCAUAUUUAAAAUGCUCUGUAAGUAACUGGAUCAAGGCAAUACUCUUCUUCCCUUAACGUUCUUCCAUCCUGUCUGGAAUCUCUCCUGGCUUUUAAUUAGCAGCCUAGUUUAUGUUGUAAAAGUUGCAAAGUUUCCUUUUUCAGUGUAAGAUACCUCCAUUGGAAUUUUAUAAUUUAAUGAAAAAACACAACCUUCCAUUGUCAGAUGAAUCAGAAGAGAAUAAAUGAAAGAAUCCGA